UCUUUAAAUCCAUGCACCAGUCGGAAUCGGAAGUUACAUUGUUUGGGUUGCUUGGAGAAAAAGACACGAGAAAACAGAAAGAAUAUAAGGUAGAGAGAGAAAGAGAGCGGACUGCCUUAUCCUGGUGAAAGCAAAGUUAGAAAGAUGGAGUCUGUUUACAUUAAACAGGAGGAGGUUCAGGAAUUGGUACCUGUCUGCAUUAAACAGGAGAUGACUGAACUGGAGCCUGUCCACAUUAAAGAAGAGACUGAACUGGAGCCUGUCCACAUCAAAGAAGAGACUGAACUGGUGCCUGUCCACAUUAAAGAAGAGACUGAACUGGAGCCUGUCCACAUCAAAGAAGAGACUGAACUGGAGCCUGUCCACAUCAAAGAAGAGACUGAACUGGAGCCUGUCCACAUUAAAGAAGAGACUGAACUGGAGCCUGUCCACAUCAAAGAAGAGACUGAACUGGAGCCUGUCCACAUCAAAGAAGAGACUGAACUGGAGCCUGUCCACAUUAAAGAGGAAGAGACUGAACUGGAGCCUGUCCACAUGAAAGAGGAAGAGACUGAAUUGCAGCCUGUCCACAUUGAACAGUCUGUUGAUUUGUUGUGUAAGGAUUCAGAAAACAUAUCCCGGCCAAAGAUAUCACAUCAUUGUUCUGAAUGUUGGAAGAGCUUCAGUCGAUUAGGAAACCUAAAAACACACCAGCGAAUUCACACUGGAGAGGCGCUGCAUCACUGUCCUAAAUAUGGGGAGAGUUUCAGUCAGUUAGGAAACCUAAAAACACAGCAGCGAAUUCACACUGGAGAGAAGCCGUAUCACUGUUCUGAAUGUGGGAAGAGCUUCAUUCAGUUAGGAAACCUAAAAAGACACCAGCGAACUCACACUGGAGAGAAGCCAUAUCACUGCUCUGAAUGUGGAAAGAACUUUAGUUGCUUAAAAAGCCUACAACUACACCAACGAAUUCACACUGGAGAGAAGCCAUAUUACUGUAAUGAAUGUGGGAAAAGCUUCACUGAAUCAGGACAACUAAAAACACACCAACGAAUUCACACUGGAGAGAAGCCGUAUCACUGUACUGAAUGUGGGAAAAGCUUCACUGAAUCAGGAACCCUAAAAACACACCAACGAAUUCACACUGGAGAGAAGCCAUAUCGCUGUACCGAAUGUGGGAAGAGCUUCAGACAGUCAAGCACCCUAAAACGACACCUGCAAAUUCACACUGAAGCCAGCCUCCCUCCCUCCCAGUCCCUCACCUCUCCACCCUACAUGUUUGAGUGUGUGGAGAGCUGACUAAUUCAUUCUCUCUCUCUCUCAUCCUGCAGUAAAUGAAGGGGGUCCCCAGGAGUGAGAGCCAGCCUGAAUCCAGAGACACAGAGAAGGGGAUUGUGUCAAACUGAAGAGACAGAUCCAUUCUUUCAGAGUGAACUGGAGAGCCCUGGGAUUCAGCUCCACUCCUGCCCCUGAAUUGGAAAUGAAUCUCACUCAUCAUGCUGUGAGGAUUUAUGACAGUUACAGGGUCAUUCUACUUAGAAGGGAGACAUUGGAAAUAUAUACCAAGCUUUUUCUCUGAACACUAUAUAUGUUUGAUGCAACACAUUAAGCUGCCAGUAGCAUUAUUAUUAUUAUUAUUAUUAUUAUUUAUUUCUUAGCAGACGCCCUUAUCCAGGGCGACUUACAAUCGUAAGCAAAUACAUUUCAAGUGUUACAAUACAAGUAAUACAAUAAGAGCAAGAAAUACAAUAACUUUUGUACUAGCCUACAGACUAAUUCACACCUAAAGUAGCAUAUAUAAAGCUCUAUAUAUCAUUAAUUUUUCUUUUGUAUCUUGACUUUUCGUAGUUUUUUUGUGACUUUGUAGACCUAGCCGUGAUGUAUUAAAGUAAUUUUCAUUCCUGUAA